GCAUCACCGAACCCCCACAGCCAGGUACUCUCACCCCUCACCGGCACCGACAUGGGGGGUCACAGGAGGAGGAGGAAGUGGAGCGGGGUGCACGGUGGCAUUCUGGUGGUGAUGGUGGCGGCGGUCUGUUCACAGAGUGUGAAUGACCCCAGUAACAUGGCUGUGGUGAAGGAAACUGUGGACCGACUGCUGAAAGGAUACGACAUCCGACUCCGACCCGACUUCGGAGGUCCUCCGGUGGGAGUGGGGAUGAACAUUGACAUCGCCAGUAUCGACAUGGUAUCAGAAGUGAACAUGGAUUACACCCUGACGAUGUAUUUCCAGCAGGCGUGGCGAGAUAAGCGCCUGUCGUAUUCGGAGAUCCCCCUGAACCUCACGCUGGAUAACCGGGUGGCCGAUCAGCUCUGGGUCCCGGAUACGUACUUCCUCAACGACAAGAAGUCAUUCGUCCACGGGGUGACGGUGAAGAACAGGAUGAUCCGGCUUCACCCCGACGGCACCGUGCUCUACGGGCUCAGGAUCACCACCACGGCGGCGUGUAUGAUGGACCUGAGGAGAUACCCGCUGGACGAACAGAACUGCACCCUGGAAAUCGAGAGCUACGGCUACACCACGGACGAUAUCGAGUUCUACUGGCGGGGUGGAGAUCACGCCGUUACGGGGGUGGAGAGGAUCGAGCUGCCUCAGUUCUCCAUCGUCGAGUACAAUCUCAUCUCCAAGAACGUGGUCUUCUCCACAGGCGCGUACCCCCGCCUGUCCCUCAGCUUCAAACUGAAGAGGAACAUCGGUUACUUCAUCCUGCAGACCUACAUGCCCUCCAUCCUGAUCACCAUCCUGUCCUGGGUCUCCUUCUGGAUCAACUACGACGCCUCGGCCGCCCGCGUGGCGUUAGGUAUCACGACGGUCCUCACCAUGACCACCAUCAACACCCACCUGAGAGAGACGCUCCCCAAGAUCCCCUACGUCAAAGCCAUCGACAUGUACCUGAUGGGCUGCUUCGUCUUCGUCUUCCUGGCCCUGCUGGAGUACGCGCUGGUCAACUACAUCUUCUUCGGUCAGGGGCCGCAGCGGCAGAAAAGAGCCGCCGAGAAAGCUAACAAAGCUAACAACGACAGACUGAGGAUGGAUCCCAACAAGUGGUUGAUGGGAAAUGUAGUUCAGAGAAACGAUGCUCUGUAUGCCAGAAUGAAACAGAGGGACGGUGACGCUCGCGACGCGAUGUGGGAACCGAUCUUUGUGGACGAUGCAGCGAUAGGACUAGGCGAUACAAAAAAUAAGAUGGACUCUCACGAGAACAUCCUGCUGACCCCUCUGGAGCUGAAGAACGAGAUGGGUCCGUCAGAACUGGGCCUGGCUCUGGGCGACCCGCGCGGCACCAUGCUAGCAUACGACACCUCGGCGCUGCAGUACCGUAAGGCGGGACUCAGCCGGCAGCACUUCGGCCGGAACGUGCUGGAACGCCACGUGGCUCAGAAACGGAGCCGGCUGAGGAAACGGGCGUCACAGCUGAAGAUCAACAUCCCCGACCUGACCGACGUCAACUCCAUCGAUAAGUGGUCCAGGAUAAUCUUCCCCACCGUCUUCUCCUUCUUCAACGUGGUUUACUGGCUCUAUUACAUCAACUAGAACCCACAACCUGCAGGAGAACGUUUCUUAUUUCAGAUUUAUUCUGUUUGUUUGUUUGUUUUUGCCGCGGUGCAGAACUCAUUCUGUGUUCCACUGGUGUUCUGGCUGCACUACACUGCUGUAGGGCUAAACUGCUGUAGGCUGAAUGGGAGGGGCUUAAAUCCACUAUGAUUCAUGGGCGGGGCUUAACCCCUGUAGGAUGGGCAGAUCUUAAGUCCUGUAGGUUGGGUGGGUGGAGUUUAACUCCUGUAGAUUGAAUGGGUGGGGUUUAGCUCAUGUAGGCUGGGGUUUAACUUCUGUAAGUUAAGUGGGCGGGGUUAACUCCUGUAGGUUGAAUGGGCAGGGCAUAAGUUCUAUAGGUUAAAUAAACAGGAGCUUAUCACCUGUACACUAAAUGGGCGGAGCUUAUCACCUGUAUGCAGAAUGGGUGGGCCUUAACGCAUGCAUGUAUGCCUUAACAUGUGAGCUUAACAUACGUAUACAGAAUGGGC